CUCUGCAGCGUCGAACUGAGGUAAUUGAUGAUGAUCUUAGAAUUUAACACAGUAGUUGGAAGGAAUCACUUUGAAGGUGUAGUGUCACGAUGGAUUGUUACUUUGUCGCGUUGAUUAUCGGCAUGGUACUUGCGACAGUAUCCUGCUGCGAUAUCGUCAAGCUAACUUUUCCAAGUGGAUUUCGCUUUGGAGCCGCAACUGCCUCGUACCAGAUCGAAGGGGCCUGGAAUGUCAGCGACAAGGGGGAAAAUGUCUGGGACUAUUGGACCCACAACUACCCAGGAUACAUUGCCGAUGGCACCAACGGUGACAUUGCCUGCGAUUCUUACCACAAAUACGAAGAGGAUGUACAACUUUUGAAAUCUGCAGGAUUAGACUUCUAUCGAUUUUCCAUCAGCUGGUCACGCGUCCUUCCGACCGGCUUUACGAACGUAAUUAGCGAGGACGGGCUCCAGUACUACAAAAACUUGACCGCGGAGUUGGUGGCGAACGGCAUCGAGCCGAUAGUGACGAUAUAUCACUGGGAUCAUCCCCAAGUCAUAGAAGAUAUGGGAGGAUGGACGAACGAGCUGAUGGUCGAUUGGUUCGUCGAUUAUGCCAGGGUCUUGUUCGAGGCGCUUGGAGAUGCCGUGAAAAAAUGGAUUACCAUCAACGAACCUCGCAGCUUCUGCCUUCUCGGAUACGAAGACACGCAAAAGGCCCCGGGAAAAGUGAUUUCUGGCAUCGGGGCAUACCUCUGCAUGCACAACGUCCUGAAGGCGCACGGAAAAACUUAUCGAAUGUACGACGAAGAGUUUCGGGAUGUCCAGCAGGGCGUUAUUGGCAUGGCAUUUUCUCUUAUUACGAUAAUGUCAGCGAACUCUAGUGACACCGUAUCGGCCGACGUAGGCUUCCAAUUCGAAGUAGGAUGGAAUACUCAUCCCAUAUACGUCGGAGAUUAUCCGGAGAUCAUGAAGACCAGGGUGGCCAUGAUCAGCGAGGCUCAAGGUUACCCAAGGUCCCGCCUCCCCGAAUUGACGGACGAUUGGAUCGCCAUCAUCAACGGAAGCUCUGAUUUUUUUGGUGCGAACCUGUACACGUCGGUACUCGCCUCUCCUGACCCUGACGAGGAACUCGGUAUUUACAACUCGGACAGCGGUAUCAUACUCGAAGCCAAUUCGAGCUGGUCACGGGCAGCCUCCAGCUGGUUAUACGUGUAUCCUCCAGGAUUUGGAUACACGCUUCGCCAGAUCAGAGACUACUACGACAACCCGCCGGUAUGGAUAACGGAGAACGGCUACUCGGACAAAGGCGAGUUGGAAGACUACGACAGAAUCAGCUAUUUCUACGACUACUUGAGGGAACUGCUGAUUGCGUUAAAACGAGACGGAUGCGACAUCCGAGGUUACGCUAUUUGGAGUCUGAUGGACAAUUUCGAGUGGCAAGACGGCAUUGCAGACAAAUUCGGUAUCUACAGCGUGGACUUUGACGAUCCCGCCAGAACCAGGUCAUCCAAACUGUCAACCGCAUGGUGGGCAAGGGUUACUUCCACUCGUAAGCUUCAGGCUGUUCCAACGAACAGUAAUGCCCGAAUCAAGCUGCCCUGGGAGUGACAGCUUUCACUGUCUUCUUAAAUGAGGAUUAUCAAAAGACUGCUCGAAUUUGAGGGAGACAAAACAAACGCUACAUUCACUCACUCCGCUUCGCUGUUGUUCAGGCUCGAGGUUUCUGAGCGCAGAAGGCGGCACGUUGGUAAUUGGAAACAGGAUCCAGCUCGUAUUCUUGGCGUUCCUUGAACCGUGAGGAUCGAAACGAGAGUACAUGGAGAAUGUACGUGGCGCGGAGUGAGGCGCACUUUGAAGGCCUUUGACACAAGAACCCAGGACGAUACGGACACGCAACAGUUGACGAGAGUUGAUUCGAUUACCUGCUCGAGAAUUGGACAAAGGAUCGUACCUAAAGCUGGAAAAAUCUUGUCGGAACUACAACCGGAGGCAAUUCAAACAGUCGCGUCCUUUCGCCGAACGUAUCUGUGUAUUUUUUCACGAUUCGGUUCGGCUGCUGCCGCACGACAACAGCCCGGAUUCCAAACUAGGAAAUCCCGUUUCCCGGAACUCGGAAGAGCUGAAUGAAAAUUCCGCAGAGCUGAUGAAGAGUCGGAUGACGACGAUGAUGAUAAUGAGGAGACAACGAAGUCCCAUUGUUCCUACCAAGCGAGAGUCCUUUUUCCCGGAGCACGAGGAGUAUAAGAUGCGGACGUAAGGGAAGCGAGGUGAAGAUUGGGGGAGGAGGAGAGAGAAAGAAAGUAGGAAGACGCAACCUACGCAGCAUUCUCAAGGUGGACCCAACAACCCCUCGCAAACAAACCGCGAGCCUGAGAAAUAUGGAGUUUGGUGGCAGCGGUGGGACGCAUGACGGGUAGAAGAAAAAGGAACGGAAUGCUGUUUGAAUUUAAUACGGA